UUUCUAAAUUCAAUGAUAUUAAAAUUGCUUCUAUUCCAUCUAUUAUUCUUAUUAUUAUCAGUGAGCAGCGCUCAAAAGUUGAGCAAAGAAGAAAAUUCGAAACGGAAAAUUACAUGUGGCCAGGGUCUAAAAUUAAAAUCUGGAUAUGGACGAAAAGUUCUAAAUGGACUGAGAACAAAAAUAGAAGAUGCUCCAUGGAAUGUAGCAAUAGAAAUAGAAACAAAAGAUGUUGGAUUAUGUACAGGAACUCUUAUUUCGACACGCCACGUCAUCACCGCCCGUCAUUGUUUUGCACAUUUGAUGGAUUACGGAUAUGUAUCGAUUGGUAAAAAUCAAUUGAUUCAUGGAUGUGAAAAUGACAAUGAUGAAGACCUUGUCCUACAUGGAAACUUGACCAAUUCGUUCAGAAUUUACACGGGAACUGGCUGUGGAUAUCGAAAAUAUUGCAAAGGGAUGAAUUCCACGUCUGUUGGAAUUAAAAAAAUAAUUCUUCCAAAAGUCUGCGAUGACAAACAACUGGAUUUCGAUGAUUUUGCAAUUGUGGAGUUGUCAGAAUCGUUGAAGAUGUCUAGAAAAGAUCGAUUUAUCUGUGUAAACCACGAGGACAGUAAUCUCUUUAACGAGAACAAUCGGAUGCAACUUUUCGGUUUUGGAAUCGACCCAUCGGCUGGAAAUCAAUCGGCAGGUCCAUUGAGAUCUGAAACUGUUAAAGCUGAAAAAUGCUUUACAACGACUGGAAAAGCAUUUUGCACAAAAUCAAUUUCCAAGAAUCAAUUGGCAUGCACAGGAGACAGUGGUGGUGGAGUUGUUCAAUUGAUUAAUGACCGGGUUACUGUAGUUGGAGUUAUUUAUGAAGGUGUUACAUGUGAGGCAUCAACUACCGAUGAGCAGGACUAUGUGGCAAACGUGGCGUAUUAUUCCGACGAUAUUUGUAGAUAUGCUGGAAUUUGUGACAAGUACCCGGAUUCCAAAGCCAUCGAAAAAGCUAGAAGUCACAGUUCAAUAAACAUUUAUAUUAUAUCGAACCUUUUAUUGCUUGCUCAAAUGCUUUAAAUAAAUGAAAUAAUUCAUCUGGAAAU